CGACGUGGCAGCUGAGAAAUUUGAAAUCCCAGAAUCAAACAAACACUAGCUCAACUUCUUUCCCUAUCAAAAUUAGGUGGCUUAGGUUUUUGAUUUGUUCUUGUUUUGUAUCUUUCCUCCAAGGUGUUUUAUUUAUUAGAUUCUUCUCACACUCUUCACUUUUUUUCGCAUAUCGCUCCACCACUUAUUUUUUUACCCCACCCACCAAUUAUCUUCUCUUCUCUUCCGCCAAGGUAAUCCCUUCCCUCUCCAAUAAUCAAACAAUCUCACUUUUUUCUUUUGAUACAUUCAAUCUCAAAAAUUGUUUUAAAAAUGGCAAUGGCAGCCCAAGCCAUGGCUCAAUUCCGUUUCUCUCCUCUAUCUUCUCAUUACCGUUACCAUUACCAGUACAAUUACCAUUCCACCCCUUCUUUCCCGUCCCCGCGACGUCACCCCCGCAACCAAAGGCUCCACCUUUCCUUCUCCGGCGGAGACAGAGGCGGAAGCGGCGGCGGCGGAGGAGGAGGAGAUUCCGAUGGAGGAGGAGGCGACAACGAGAAGAACGUGGGAUUGGGAGUUGUGGGAAUGGUGUUAAACGGAUGGAGAUCGAGAGUAGCAGCGGACCCACAAUUCCCAUUCAAGGUGUUAAUGGAGGAACUGGUGGGAGUGAGUGCGGCGGUGGCUGGUGACAUGGCCACGCGGCCCAAGUUCGGUCUGAACGAACUGGACUUGGUUUUCUCAACUCUUGUUGUGGGGUCCAUUCUGAAUUUCAUCCUCAUGUAUCUGCUGGCACCAACGUCUUGUUCUUCUUCUAGCUCCACACUACCAUGGAUCUUCGCCAGGUGUCCCAGCAGCCACAUGUUCGAAGCGGGGCCUUACGGGAGCGUGGAGCGUUUGGGGACUCUGUUGUACAAGGGGGGCGUGUUCGCGCUGGUGGGGCUUGGCGCCGGGCUUGUAGGAACAGCGAUAUCGAAUGGGCUGAUCGCGACGAGGAAGAAGGUGGACCCGACGUUCCAGAGCCCGAACAAGUCUCCCCCUAUGGUUCUGAACGCCUUCACUUGGGCGGCGCACAUGGGUGUGAGCAGCAAUGUGAGGUACCAGACUCUGAACGGUGUGGAGUUUCUUUUGGACAAAUGGCUUCCUCCUUUGCUCUUCAAGUUCUCUGUUUUGGCUCUUAGAUUCAUCAACAACGUUGCUGGAGGGAUGACCUUUGUCAUGCUCGCUAGGUUCACCGGCUCUCAGGCUGCUGCUGCUGCUGCUGUUCCUGUUCCUGUUCCUGUUCCUAAACACUCUUAAUUACUUUGGGUCUAGUACUUUGGAAUUACUCAUGACGUGCCACCUUGUCCUGAGAGAACCAACAAUUAAAUGCACUAUUUAUUUUUAUUAGCUCUUGUUUCAUUUGCAUCUUUUUCACGGCCACUUCAUUUACUUAAUAUAGUGUUGUUUUUCAAACUAACACGUUCUGUUCGUGGGACUGAUGUGGACCUAUAUUUAUUAAUUACAUUUAACGCAGGCUAGUGUUAGUCUUGCUUCAAGUA